AUGCUCAUUGCCCCUGCGCUGGCCGACGUGCGGGCAGCGCUGACCGCGCCGGAAGGCGCGCGGCGCGGGCGCAUCAUGCCCAUCUACACCAAGGUGCCGGCGGACCUGCUGACGCCCGUGAUGGCGUACCUCCGCCUCUCGAACGGCGCCGAGAGGGGCCACGAAAGCUUCCUGCUCGAAAGCGUCAAUACCGGCGAGCGCGUCGGACGGCACAGCUUCCUGGGCGUCAAGCCGCGCGAUAUCCUGCGCACAGGCCCAGGCCUGCCGUGCGAAGGCGAUCCCCUGCGGCACCUCGAGGAACGCAUGCAGCCGUACGACUACGUGCCUGUGCCUGAACUCGCCACCGUGUUCACCGGCGGCGCCGUAGGCUACAUGGCCUUUGACUGCAUCCAGCACUUUGAGCCCAGGACGAAGCGCGCGCUGCGCGAUCCCCUGGGCAUCCCAGAAUGCGUCAUGCUCCUGUGCGACGAUGUCGUCAUUUUUGAUCAUGUCUUCCAGACCGUGUACUGUGUCUCGCACGUCUACGUGGCGAGCGAGCACGACGACAUCGAUGCGCUCUAUGCCGCGUGUGUCGCGCGUGUCGAGGCACUCGUACGCACCAUCUCGCAGGACGCGACGCCGCUCCCCGCCCAGCCGCCGAUCGACGCCACGCCCCGCGAGCCGCAAAGCAAUGUCGGCCAGGAAGGCUACGAGCGCUUCGUCACGCAGCUGCGCCAACACAUCCUGCACGGCGAGAUCUUCCAGGCUGUGCCGUCGCAGCGCCUGUCGUACCCGACGCAGCUGCACCCCUUCAACUGCUACCGCCACCUGCGGCGCAUCAAUCCCAGCCCGUACAUGUUCUACGUGGACUGUGGCGACGCACAGCUCGUCGGCGCGAGUCCCGAGACGCUGUGCCAGAUCGUCCAGGGCAAGGUCGCCGUGCAUGCGAUUGCCGGGACCGUGCGCCGCGGCGCGACGCCGCAGGAAGAUGCCGCCCUUGGCGAGGCGCUCCUGCAGUCGCCCAAGGACCGCGCCGAGCAUAUCAUGCUCGUUGAUCUCGCACGCAACGACGUCAACCGCGUGUGCGAUCCAACGACGACGCGCGUCGAGUCGCUCAUGAACGUCGAAAAGUUCAGCCACGUCAUCCAUCUGACGUCGCGCAUCACCGGACAGCUUCGGCCCGAUCGAACGAAGCUGGAUGCGCUGCGCUCCAUUUUCCCCGCUGGCACCGUGAGUGGCGCGCCCAAGAUCCGCGCGAUUGAGCUCGUGUCCCAGCUCGAACAGGAGCGCCGCGGCGUGUACGCUGGCGCCGUCGGCCGCAUUGACUAUGCCAAGCACGACUUGGAUGUGUGCAUCGCCAUUCGGACGAUGACGUUCAAGGACAACACCGCGUACCUACAGGCCGGCGGCGGCAUCGUGCACGACAGCGUCGAAGAGGACGAGUACAUCGAGACGAUGAACAAGCUCGCUGGCAACUUGCGGUGCCUCAUGCAGGCCGAAGCGUCGUACGCCUCACCUACGUAG